AUGGCCAACACAUCAAAUUCAGUGAAGCUAGAGCCACUCUCCAAAAACGAACUAUUUUCCAGAACCGAAGCCCUCACAGGCUCAGAACCAUACGCCCGCAGCACUAUCAAUUCAUAUCCAAAGUCUAAUGAAGCCCACGAUACACCUGCCGAUUCGGAGUGCAAGUCCGAGACUGCUGACGAAAGCACCAUCGAACAGGCGUGUGAUUCGUGCCGCAAACGCAAACUCAAGUGUUCCAAAGAAUACCCAAAGUGCUCCAAGUGUAAGCAACACGGAUGGUGCUGUCUGUACCUGCCCAGGACGGUCAGGCUGCCUCUCACGAGACGUUACCUCACCGAGGUUGAAAAUAAGUUGGACAAGGUCACUGAAAUGCUUCGGAUCAUGUUACCAUCUCAUGUGAGCAUUGAUCUGCUCAUGGACAAUCCAAACUACGUCGAAGAACUAAGAAACCUCAAGAACGAGUCGACUGCCCAGUCGCCCAACUCUGUCUUCUCCCAUGCUGAGUGCAACGAGUCCGAGGAGGAGUCAUGGGACAAGGUAAAGAUCAAGCAGGAGAUCAUCGACGACUUCAUGCUUAAUAAUAUCCCCACUUCGCCUAAGAAGCAACCUUCAGACAGAGACAGAGACAGCACGCUGGGACCCUCGUUGACGUCACCUUCGUCGUUGCUCUCAUUGAACUCGAUCGAGAACUACGAUUACGACGCCGAGGCCUUCCCAGAGCCCAGCUUAAAGAAACAACGCCUCAGCCCUUUCUCCCCAGAAUACACCUCCAUCUUCAACGAAGUCAUCACCGACUUCUAG